UCCCAAACCUUUUCAUGCAAAAAUUUUUUAAAACAAACAAUACCCAUUGAAAAUUUCAAAUAUGAAAAAUGUUGCGGUUCGUUAUGCACUCAUCAUUUGAGUAACUUAAACUAAAUAGAAAUAAACUGAUGGCAAAAUUUUGUAAUAAGUAAAUGUAAUGUGAAAGAUCAUUUUAAAUUCGCAAGUUGUCUUAACCGGCAAACAAACUGACGUAAUCAUACCAUGACAACAUCGUUUUGAAUAGGCAUGUUAUUAAAGUUACUAAGUUAGUGAUAUUAAUAUCCUUAGUCUUAUAACGUGUCGGAUAUUAUAAAUAUUAGGAGCAUCCUUUAAUUUGCUGAAAGUGUUAGAGUUAUUAUGACGACCUUAAUAGAGGUCAGAUGUUUGAUGGUUUAGAUUGUAGGUUUGUUAUUAAAAUCUAAUGUUAUAUUCGCGAUGAACGACCCGUGGGACGUAAAAUCAGUGAGACAAUCGAAUCAGUACAUGUCUUGCAUGAAGAUUAAUGGUGUUCCUCUUCUACCACCAGUAUUGUCCAAAGAAUGUCGUACAGAAAUGAAAUACUACAAACUUUUAGCAAAAGAAGUAGAAAAACGCAUCCAAUCACUGAAACCAUUCUUUGUUGGCACUGACACAGACUCUGCCGAAGACAAAACUGAUGCACCAGAACUACCUGAGUCUGAACAGAGCUUUGAACUGCCCGUUGAAGCCAUACAAGCUGACAAAAAUGAAAAUAAGGAUAUGCUAAUAUAUCAGGAUAAUGAAAAAUGUCUUGAUGAAAGCUCUGGUAAAUUGUGCCUCACUAGCAAUACAUGUGAUAAUAUUACUUCAAAUUUAACACUUGAUGAAAGUGCCUCAUCUAAAUUAUCAUCUAAAUUAAUAAUAGACUUGAGUUUAAGUAUCAAUGACACUGGUAAAAGUGUUCUUGAUAGCUUUAAUAAGGCACAAACGGCGCCGGACGAUUUACCAGAACGAGAUUGUGAUUGCCCUAAAAAAAAUCAGACAGAAAUAGUAAGUAAUAAUGGAAAAACUUAUGACGAAAUAAAUGAGUUAAAAAAUGACAAACUUUCUUUCCAUGUCAGUAUUAGUAAAGAUACAGUCUCAGAUCCAAUUACUCUGCAGUUUAGUCAAGAUGGCCCUGCUUCUCUUAGCUCCAAAAGCUUUACUGGCUCUCUAAACGAUAUUCACACAGAGAGUAUCAAAGAAUCUCCUCUUCCCUUAACUCGUCAGAGGUCAUAUACAGUACUAAAACCAAGUCCUAUGCUUUUAGCGCAUUUGGAAGUACAAUCUAUAAAUACAGGUAUGGAUGUUACUUCGAUUUCGAUGAGUGAAUCUCUUUCUAAUUUAAGUUGUUCGAAUAAAAAACGAAGAAGCUGGGACUUAGAAACGGCUAAAGUAAAAUGGUCUUCAAUGGCUUUGGAACUGAAGGAAAAAAACAUAAACAAUGCUAAGAUCAACGUUAAACAUACAACUAUAAGACCUACUGCAAGAAAGCUACAAUUGACUCAUCCAAAACCUAAGUCAUUUGUACAGGACAAACCUAAACGCAACUCGUCCAAAAUUGUACCAAAAUCAGAACCUAUACAAAAGCCAAAGAAAGCCGUGAGUCCUGUUCGAAACCCAAUCUCACAUAAUAACGCCAAUGUUAAAACGCCUACUAACCAUUUAGGAAGUCAAAAGACUGAAGUAAAGAAGAAACCCAUUUCCGAAACCGAAGACCCAGCAACUCGUGUCAGGGAACUAUAUGAAAAAAUUCAAAAACAGCAGCUUAUUCAGAUGGCUAAUUUAGUUGAGAAACAAAAGAAGGAGCAAAUGCUUUUGCAGCAAGUGUUCGAGGAACAGAAUAAUUUGCUAUUUACACAAUUAAAAACUAUAUGCCCUAAAUCUCCAAAUGAGGUCAAAGAAGCGUGGGUGGAUAAAACUCACGAGGUCGCUGAUAGAGGACCGGUAAGUUUGAGUCAGUUGAUAAAUAACAAGCCCGAACUAAACACCUGUGACAGCCCAGUUCUUUCUACUUUGACUGAAACAAACGACUACAUUAAUUACUGCGAUAAUGUACUCAAGAAGUCAAGGGAUAUAACUGGGAGUAUGAAGAAACAGCAAACUAUGAAAGAUCGAGAGAAAAAUAAAACGCCAAGUCCAAAACCUCAGAAGGAUGGGAGUAAGACGCGUACACAUUCUUCCGUGCGUAAAAGUACGCCAACGUCGAGAAAGCUGACGUACGAGACGAGCGUGUCUUCAGACCGCGAUUAUGACCCGAUUCUGACUGAUCGAACGAACGAUACAAUGGCUGAUUUAAACGUUACCUUCCCUUCCGACCGCAGUGAAGAAAAUCAGGUCUACGCGAAUGUCAAUGUGAAUAAUCUAGUAGCAAUAGAAAGCCCGAUUUCAAGACCAAUAUCUUCCUGUAGAUCGACAGACAAAGCUAUCAGAAGUAUGGAAGAAACUAUUCAGAAUUCCAUCAACAGUAUGUGUGGAAGAACAUCUAAGCCUAAAAUGUACCGAGCACCUACAGCUAAAGAGCGAUCGGCAGCGACUAAGAUUGUAGCUCACGCGAAGGGCUACCUCGUCCGUCGACUCAUGAAAUCGGAACGCGUUCAGGCGACGGUGCAGACGAUCAAGGACGCGCUGAUGUGCGCUUUGCAGCUGCACCAGGAUCGGGAGGGGAUCAGGGGCGCCGAUGUUGACCUGCAUAGACGACUCAUCCAGCAGAUCACGGCUGCGUGUUAUUCGCUGCACGACACGUUCGUGGCGAGCUCGGCGGCCGAACGUUGCGCGAUGAUCGCGGCCGACCGCAGUCGGCGACGGUCGCUCGCCGCGCGCGCGUCGCCCGCCUCAUCGCACCGACAAUACCGCCCCACGGAUCUCAUGUCACAAAGCCACAGUGGCGUGUUUCCGACGCGCAGCAAGCGACCCGCGCCCUCGCUCAUGUCUCAGUCCAAUUAUGAGACAUUUAGUAGCGACAAGACCGUAAUGCGCCGCUACAUGCCGAGUCCGCGGCGCCGCCCGUGGCGCUGACACGAUCCGCGACCGCUGGACACUGCCUUGUAUCUGAGCUGAAAUAGGCUAAAUGUAUUAACGCUUCGAAUAUACCUUUGUUACCACUGCUUUACUAAAUAUAUUUUUUUUAGUUAUUUUUCGUAAACACAGCUUUUUUUUUAAAUAACGUGGCAUUGUAUUAUUUAAGAAGUAACAUUAUUAAACAUGCCAUGUAUAAUGGUUUUUUAAUGGAUGAAGUAUUUAUCAAACAUGUCACAGUAACGGGAAGUAGCAUAUUUAUAUUAACUGCCUAAUAAUUAGAAUAUAUGUACUAAAUGUUUAGUUAUAAUUAUUGAUAAACACAUUGAGAUUUUAGAAUAAAUAAAAUAAAAUAUUUCUGCCAGGAAAUUCCAUGUUCAGAAAUUCAGAUUGUGCAAACAUUCCAAUCUUAUAGUUGUCUACAAAUAAGGUUAGAUAAAGCUUACUGUAAUCAAAAUUUAAGAUGUGAUCAAACUGGAGGAGAUUCGCUACAUUACUUUGCUUAUCCUCACUGACGCUACAUUGUAGCGUGUAAUAUGUUCAUUUUUCUAUAGUCGUCUAGCGAUUCUCAAGAAAUAUAAUAUAUGAUUAACUAUUUGAUAAUGAGGCCUUUACAAAAUGUAUAUCUGCGCUAGUCGGAACGAUCGGUCCACCUGUAGGCUCGCGGGGCUUACUUCAGUUUGACGCGUUUCUUGGUUAUUUAUAUUGUGUUUAUAAAUACGUGCAUGUAAAAUAAAUUGUCUGCGGAACUAUAACAGUAAUUUUUUUGUAAUUUUUUUUCUAAACGAAAUUACCAAGUUCUAGUCACAAAUGUCCGCAGACAAUUUUAGCUUUUAUUUAUAUGGUAUAUUCUUUCACGAAGAAUUAUACAAAGUAAAGUUAUUGGUGCUUUCGAAAAAGGUUGUACUGAUUUGCUAUAAGGUAAAUUUCUUUAAAUAAGAAACUGUAAAGCAUUUUUAUAUAAACAUUGACUUGAAUAAAACAAACAUUUGCUCGAA